CUUGCCAACCUUGAAAUAUUCCUUACAGGUAAUAAUAAUAAACAACAUGGCUAACCUAGAAAACAACUGUACUGACCUGGUGCGAAAAUGUGAUUUUGAAGCACAAAAUUUUAAGUAUGCUAAAGUAGAAGGAAGUGUAGGUUCCAGACUUGAGAAGGAGAGAAAUAAGGUGGCUGAUAGAGAAGAUUCAGGCAGCAACCGGAAUUGAAUUGAAAGUAGUAAAAAUACUCAAGGAAGUUAUGCGGUAGCUAAAACAACUACAGCUCAUUCAAAUUGUGAUUUGGAGAAAAAUAAAAGAGUCAAGGGGAAUAUCUCAACUAAGAAUCGGCAUCAAUCAUUGAGACCAAGUUUCCCACUUGAUAAGGAGACUUUUAACGUAAUUUUCCCUGCCAAAAAUGGCAAAAUUUGCAAAAAUCCCGACACAAGUCGUUACAAGGACAAAUCUUCUUUGAAACGGGACCUAUGGGAAGACACCAACUGAGAGGCUACUAGCAGGGAUCUCAGUCAUGGGAAUAGCUCUAAGAAAACACUCAGAAAGUUUUCCAAUUUUCACAAGAAUCUCAAAAGAACUACAUCUAGAGAGAAGAGAGACACCAUCAGAGGCCAACUGGUUGAGUUCGGUGUCAGGAAAAGAGACCCAGAAAAAGAUAGGUUUAAGCGUAAAACUUCUGCUAAAGCAAGCACUCAAGAUAGUGAUAAGGCAGUAAAGAGAUAUCACUCCCAAGCAUCUAAUACAAAGAAUGAGACAGAUUUGAAGACAAAGAAUGAGUAUUAUCUGAUGGCACGUCCUCCCUCUAUCAGCACUAAAAUCCCUUCCAAAUUUGAGGAUGCAUAUUCUAUAUUUAGCAACAAUCUGCUAAAUUUUGAAAAUAGGAUUAGAGGUAGCACGAGUGGUGAGAAACAUAAAUACAAGAGAUCAGCGAGGAAAUUACUCCUAGAGUCUAUUAAUGGAGAACCCAAUACAAAUAACAGCAUGCAUAGCCAUUCUAAGAUCAAGAAAUUACCCCAAGUGUUUGCUGCUGGAACUCCAGUUAAAAGGAAAAUGUUUGGCCCUUCCAAAAAUAUUCAAGCCUAUAAGGAAAAGUCUUCUUUCCCUCAUAAUUUCUCUGUGGAUAAGACACAGGAGUACAACCUGCCUUCAUUGAAUAACUUGAGGGAGGAUCCUGAUAAAAGUUCAAAAGCUGGGAACUGAAAAAUGGGUAAAAAUAUCCCAAGGUCUUUGUCCCAGCCAAGGUACAACCUAGUCGCCAAUGCUAGGUCGACUGAGGAAGGGCUUACACAUGCAUUUAAUGGACACAUUAAAAGACUUGAGAGCUCGAUUAGCACAAAUUUGAAGAAGUCAGCUCAAGAAAGACAACACAAUCUCUCAAAUCACAACAUCAGCGAGGUCGGAGCACUCUCGAAUAGGUUCGAAUCAGGUGUAAAUUUGAGAAAGCAUAGAGGAAGGAUUUACAAAAAGGCCCAUAAUCUGUCAUGCUCAAGUAACUAUAAAGAACCAAAUAUGGUGCUGAGAGAGUUUGGCAUCGGACAAAACCUCGUUGGAGAUUUAAAGCACUGCGUGAAAGCUAAGAUAUCCAAAACUCCUGCUAAUUUCGCCAACACGAUGGCAACGGAGGCUGAAGACAACUUUAGCACGAGGUAUAAAAGCACUCAAUUGAGGUAUAAUUCUGAGAAAUCAGAUGACAUUCAUCAGAAAAGUGUUAUACUCUGUAAUCGGCAAAACUGUUUGUCUCAGGAGAGUGGUGCUUUAGUACACAAGAAGAGCAACAAUACCAAUCUUGAUAUGGACAAGAAUAAAUAUUUUAAGAGCAGGUAUACAAGUCAACCCAAGAUCACUACUCCAAGUCUCAGCCAAGGUAGCAAAAAUAAAGAAUUUACGAUAAAAUUCAAGAAUCCUCUUAAAAAGCAAACAAAUAAUAUCACAGCUCUGAAUGUCAAAAAUGGGGAGCCAUUAUUUAAGGAGCCAUCUAAGCUCAAACUAGUAUCUAAACUUGACCUGAAACGGGAGAAAACUCUGCAUGAAGCUUUGCCUUUGGACAACACACACACUCAUAGCCCUCAGAAGAAUUUUGGGCUACGUAUGAACACUGAAAUGAAGCUGACCAAUCGAGCUAAGAGAUUGGACGAUUUAUUGAAAACCCAGAGGUCUUCCAAGAAGACCACUGGGUUCAUCAGAAAACUUCAAUCGCUACAAACCACUGCUAAGAGACAGAAAGGGGCGACCUCGAGCAAUGUUAAGAAGACUGGAGAAGCCAGGAACACCUCUAAAAUGUAUAAUAUGGCAUACCCUGAAGAUCUUGGAGAACUUAAAAGCAAUGCCUCUACCAAGAAACCUUACCAAUUUUCCCAACAUUUGGACAACUCUGGGCGUGAGUGCAGCCUAAAAGAGGUAAAGCAGUCGUUCGAGGAAGUAUUCUGCUCUAAAGUUAUUCGUGAUGAUAGCUCAGAUGAAUGUAACAAAGCAGACGAUAAGAUCACCGAAGAGAAUGAAAGUAGUUUUAGCAACUAUCAGUAUGAGUCCUGGUUCGAAAAUCUUCCUGAGAUGGAAAUUGACAGCGAAGAUGAACAAGAACCUCCAAUGAAAGCUAAUACAAGUUUGAGGAAAGAAAUGAACGACACAAUGAAAGGCUUCCUUCCAAAAUCUAAAACUCAGAAAAAGAAGAAGGAUAAGUUUAGAGAUACUGCUAUUUUCGGUGAUAUUCCUCAGAAUAUUUGUUCAGACUCAGACUGUGAAAUUCCAGAAUCCUCUACAAUAUCAAACAAUCUACAAGGAUCUAUCGAUCUUGUAAGGCUACGGUCACAAUUGAGUCUGGCUCCUAUCAUAACCGGUGAAGAGUUGAAAUUAGUCCCGAAACUAGAUGAUGGUGAUCACUGACUCCAAAGUCUAAAGCCCUGAGUCUACCAGAUGAAGUACAAGCCAGGCUGGGUAGAGCCCUCCUUGGAGAUAUUCAAGUUCUAGUCUGGCUCCAUUUUAGUAUAAUUUAGGUGUCAAUAGCUGC